UCACAGUGACUCAGUGUUUUCAUGUGUCUGCAGGACUACACGCUGACCAUGUACUUCCAGCAGUACUGGAGGGACAAGCGUCUGGCCUACACCGGGAUCCCGCUCAACCUGACCCUGGACAACAGGGUCGCAGACCAGCUCUGGGUCCCCGACACCUACUUCCUCAACGACAAGAAGUCCUUCGUCCACGGGGUGACGGUGAAAAACCGCAUGAUCCGUCUUCAUCCGGACGGGACCGUCCUCUACGGACUGAGGAUAACAACGACGGCGGCAUGCAUGAUGGAUCUCAGGAGGUAUCCUCUGGACGAGCAAAACUGCACCCUGGAGAUUGAGAGCUAUGGCUACACCACGGACGACAUUGAGUUCUACUGGAAAGGCGGCGAGUCGGCUGUGACGGGGGUGACGCGCAUCGAGCUGCCUCAGUUCUCCAUCGUGGAUUAUAAACUGGUUUCCAAAAACGUAGUCUUCUCCACAGGUGCCUACCCUCGACUCUCUCUGAGCUUCAAGCUGAAGAGGAACAUCGGAUACUUCAUCCUGCAGACGUACAUGCCGUCCAUCCUGAUUACCAUCCUGUCCUGGGUCUCCUUCUGGAUAAACUACGAUGCGUCGGCAGCCAGAGUGGCUCUCGGCAUCACCACGGUGCUCACCAUGACGACCAUCAACACUCACCUGAGGGAGACGCUGCCUAAGAUCCCGUACGUGAAAGCCAUCGACAUGUACCUGAUGGGCUGCUUCGUCAUGGUCUUCCUCGCGCUGCUCGAGUACGCCUUCGUCAACUACAUCUUCUUCGGACGAGGACCUCAGAUGCAGAAGAAGCUAGCGGAGAAGGCGGAGAAGGCUAACAACGAGCGCACGGCCAAGUACGACGCAGCCAGGGAGGCAGGUAGUCGGACCGCGUCCCUAAAGCGCUCCAAUCAGGUUAAAGGUCUUCGCCACUCGCGCUCGGCGGAGCCUCACGGCCACGGGAACGUCCUCCUCACCACGCUGGAGAUCCACAACGAGGUGGCGGGCGGCGAGAUCACCACCAGCGUGGCCGACAUCAGGAACUCUCAGUCCAUGGUGCAGCUGGACAGCUCGGCUCCGCCCCCUCACGUCCAGUACCGCAAGCAGAGCGGCGGCGUGGGCCCGCGCUCCGCCAGCCGCCCCUCCCUUGAUCGCUCCGCCCACAUGAAGCGCAGCCGCCUGCGGAGACGGUCUUCGCAGCUGAAGAUCAAAAUCCCCGACCUGACGGACGUGAACGCCAUCGACCGCUGGUCGAGGAUCAUCUUCCCGUCCGUCUUCUCGCUCUUUAACCUGAUUUACUGGCUCUACUACGUGUGAUCCGCCCCCGCAGCGUCCUCACGUCCUCAUGAGGACAGACAGACACAGACAGACACAGACUGCGCUUUGGACAAAGUUCUCUUGUUUUUAUAUUUCAUUUAUUUUUCUGUUUGUUUGUCGUGUGUUUUUCUCACGUUUGUACGAACUUUAACUGACACGUUUGUAAAUACAGAAGAGACACAAAGCCAGCAACACACAACACACAAACACACAACAGACAAACACAACAA